GCUGACGUCACCGACGAGGAAGUACUUUACUUCCUGGCAAGCAAAAUGGAAACAGUUGUACUAAAGUAGCUGUAUUAUAUCACAUUAAUCAACCUACGUUUCCCGAAUAUUGUACUUCUGAGCCGUUUUUGAGUUUCAUUUAAUAGUGGACUGCUAAUGUAAAAGCUAACGUUAUCGAAGAAGUGCGUCUUUUUUGGGGAGAAUUGUGAACGACAGUGACAAAAACAAGACCUAUCCUCUCAGCUGACGUUAACUAUAACGUUAAACUUGUCUUACCUGACAUUAUUCUGCGAUAAACACACUCGUAGUUAAUAUUCUAAUAUUCUCCAUUUAAACUUGGGACCAGACAUCAGCAGAAUGCAUCGGAGAGGUGUUGGUGCGGGAGCGAUUGCCAAAAAGAAGCUGGCAGAGGCCAAAUAUAAGGAAAGAGGAACCGUGCUUGCAGAGGACCAAAUUGUCCAAAUGUCGAAGCAGUUGGAGACCUUCAAGUCCAACCUGGAGGAGUUUGCCAGCAAGCAUAAACAAGAAAUCCGAAAGAACUCCGAGUUUAGGGUUCAGUUUCAGGAGAUGUGUGCCACCAUUGGAGUUGACCCACUUGCUUCUGGCAAAGGUUUUUGGUCUGAGAUGCUCGGUGUGGGUGACUUCUAUUAUGAGCUCGGUGUUCAGAUUGUUGAAGUGUGCCUGGCCCUGAAACACAGAAAUGGAGGGCUCAUUACUUUGGAUGAACUCCAUCAGAGAGUACUGAAGGGAAGAGGUAAAUUUGCUCAGGAUGUGAGCCAAGAUGACUUGAUGAGAGCCAUAAAGAAACUGAAGGUGAUGGGGAACGGCUUUGGGAUGAUUCCUGUUGGUGGUUCUUACUUGGUCCAGUCGGUCCCAGCAGAGCUCAACAUGGACCACACUGUAGUCCUGCAGCUGGCCGAGAAAAAGGGCUACGUCUCGGUGAGUGAGAUCAAGGACAGUCUGAAAUGGGAGAAGGAACGGGCUUGUCACAUCCUGGAUCACCUGCUGAAAGAAGGCUUGGCUUGGCUGGACUCUCAAGCGCCUGGAGAAGCACAGUACUGGCUGCCUGCUCUCUUCUCUGAGAUCACCUCCCGGGAUGUCACACCAGAGGAGGCCAAUCAGAUGACCCCUUAAGGAAUGACGGACCGCCAGCUGGUGACUGAUUCAAAGACUUGUUAGUAAACAAAAUGUGGCUGGUGGGAAGGCUCAUGUGACAGAGUUGGCUGGUGAACUCCGUCUAAGAUUAUUAUCUGGACACGAGGAGAGAACUUUCCUCAUCGGCUUCUCAGUAACGCCUUUCAAUGAGUGAACUCACAUGACUAUGAGACACGACGCUGCAUAUAAACUCCAGUUUUGUGUUGCUGGUGUAACGGUUUAUGGGUGGUUAUGGAUCGAUGUACAGAGAACAUGUAAAUGUUUAUGUGUGAAGAAUAACUUUUAAAACUAAAUCAGCUGAAUUCUA